UAAUAUUUUCCUAGUUGAUAAGUGGCCCUAACACAUUUUGCAGACAAAAACUAUAUUUUAAAUAACCAUGCCGAUGCCGGCAUAUCGGGGUGUUUUCAAAGAUUCCAUUAAUCGUGAAACAGAAAAUAUAAUCUCCAAAUCAACCUACCGCAUCAGUGUAUGUCUGAAAAGAUAUUUCAAUGAUAUGAGAGCGCUUUGUUAUGUUCUUAUAUCUAGAAAGAAGACAGUAAAAUGGUUAGAAAAGAAGAUAAAAAAACUAUUCAAUGUUAACGGAGAAUUCGUUCUUACAUCUCGUGGACAUUUGCUACCACCAUCGGAACGGUUAGGUUUGCUGAAUGCUGAUGAUAUAGUUGAAGUCGUACCAAAUGAAGUAGCCAAUGAACUUAAAAAUAAAAUGAAAUGUGUUCAUGCUGUGACUAAUAAUGGUAGUAAUGUUGAAAAUGAUAGUAUUUCAUUUGAUGAGAAUGAUUCUGCUGUAAAUAAAAACCAAAUAUACUCCACUACCAUAACACUUGGACAAAAAGACACUUUACAGGAACUUGAAUUGGGACAAAGAAUUAUACGAGAUAAUCAGUAUCAAAAUGAGACUGAUUCUAUUUGGACUAGCAGUAAUAGUACAGCAGCAGCAGAUGUUGUUGAUGUUGAAAGUGAAUAUAAAACCACUGAGAAGUGUGACUCGGGUGCCAGUGCCAAGAAGAAAAAAUAUUCAUUUGAACAAAAGGACCCUUCAAAGGUGGAAUUAGAGAAAAGUGCAGAAAAUGAUAUUUCAAAUAACAGUAACAUACAUUAUUUGAGUACAGAUGAAGUUCAAGAUGAAUUAGAAGUAAUGAAGAUAAAUGCUUUAGCCCUACUAGACAGCAGUUUCAGUGUUUGCUCCAAUAGAAGUCAGAACAGUAGCAACAUAGGAGGUACCCGUAAAAGAAAGAGAGUUCGCAGGAAACGUCAACAAGUCUUAUUACCAGAAGAAAUGUCUGAAAAUAACAUCGAAAAUGAUAAUUUCAAGGACAUUCUUCCUCAUGAAAACGAAAUUAACAAUGUGACUGAAUGCCCUAAGACUCUGGCUGUUUUACAUAAUGAGGAGAUAUGCAUUAGAAAACCUCGCAUUGUAAAGUCUAUAUUAGAAUGAACUUAAAAGCAGACAAAAAAAAUUUAAUAUCUACAU